AUGGGCCGGUGGCGGGGCCGGGCGCGAGGCGUCGCGGUGGCGGUGGCGCACGGGCUGUGCUCGGGGUCGCUGAACAUCCUGCUGAAGUUUCUGCUGGCCCGCUACCACUUCGCCUUCCUGACGCUGCUGCAGUGCCUCAGCAGCGCGGCGGCGGCGCUGGGGCUGGAGGCGCUGCGGCGGCGGGGGCUGGCGGCGCUGCCGCCCUUCGGGCUCCGCCUGGCGCGCCCCUUCGCCGCCGUGGCCGCGCUGGCCACCCUGCAGUCCACCCUCACCCUCUGGUCGCUGCGCGGCCUCAGCCUACCCAUGUACGUCGUCUUCAAGCGCUGCCUGCCGCUCGUCACUCUCCUCACCGGCGCCCUCGUGCUUCGCGACGGCAUGCCCUCGCCCGGCGUCCUAGUCGCCGUCCUCAUCACCACCUGCGGCGCCGCGCUGGCCGGAGCUGGUGACCUGACCGGGGAUGCUAUGGGCUAUGUGACAGGUGUGCUGGCUGUGCUGAUACACGCUGCCUACCUGGUGCUCAUUCAGAAGACCAGUAUAGAUAGUGAAUAUGGACCCCUGACAGCUCAGUAUGCAAUUGCUGUUUCAGCCACCCCUUUUCUCAUCAUCUGUUCAUUUGCCAGCAUGGAUUCCAUCAACGUCUGGUCCUUCCCAGGGUGGAAGGACCCUGCCAUGGUAUGCAUCUUUAUCGCUUGCGUUCUGAUUAGCUGUGCCAUGAACUUUACCACCCUUCACUGCACUUACAUUAACUCAGCUGUGACCACCAGCUUUGUAGGGGUGGUGAAGAGCAUAGCAACCAUCACGGUGGGCAUGGUGGCAUUCAAUGAUGUGGAGCCCACAAAGUUAUUUAUAGCUGGUGUAGUGGUCAACACCUUGGGCUCCAUCAUUUACUGCGUGGCCAAGUACAUUGAGACCAGACGACAGAGCAGUUACGAGGACCUGGAGAAAGAAGCUAGAGAAGAGGAGGAAAAAAGGCAGGCUGGGGAUCAAGCACUGUUUGCAAUGAGGCCCAUUUCCCAGGAGAAGGGGGCUGAGGAAGCAGCAGUGGAAGGAUCAGCCACAAGGGACAGCCAGAGUGGAGAGGAAGAGAAGGAUGACGCUGAAAAACCUGCUGAAGAACCAGCGGUCCAAGGAAAAGCCACAGACACACAAGAAGUGAACAGGAGCUCGCUGAAGGAUGCUUACCUUGGAGUAUGGAGGUUGGUGAGGGGUGUUAAUUAUAUAAAGAAGGAUUAUUUGAUAGAAAAUGAGGAGCUACCAAACCCUUAAGAAGCAGGUUUGGAAACCUAUUCCUUGAGGACAGACAACUGGUUCUCUGUCCAGGGGGAAAAGCAGAGCAUACAUU